GCGCAGACUCUACUGAAGUCAACUCGCCCCCUUUUUACAGCAAACACACAGACCUGGCAACCCUGCAGACCUCACAGGUUCACCUGAUGUGGACUUACCAGGACCAGAUGAACCUGUCAUGGUGCUCCAGUCUCAGGACUGAAGAGCAGAAGCGGUGGGGUGUGUUGGUCACUUACUUCAUCACUUGUAGAUAAGAUUUUCAGUUUAAGUAAACGACUUUCAGUCUCAUACGUCACUUCCUGUCUAAUAAGCAGAGCGUUUUAAUGUAAAGGCAGCGGUGGUCUCUUACCGUGAAACAACCACAGGAAAUGCUGAUGCUAGCGAGCUACAGCUCAGGUCUUCAAGAUAACACGUUGCUGAAAUUAACGUAACGUUUUAAAACAAAGGCACAAGAUCAUGAAGGCUCGUUGGACUGGGCUGAACAGCCAAUCACAGGACAGACGACGGUGUCUCCAUAGUAACCGCGGAUCGCUUGGUAUCAAACUUCCUGUUUGCCGUUUCCAGCUGAAGAUACAAACAUUAAAGUGUCGCCCAACAGUCAUUUCCUGUCGCUGACGUCAGUGAUGGCGGGGACGUCAAGACACGACCGAGAGAUGGCGAUGAACGCCAAGCGUCAGCUUUCCGAGUGUUCGGACCCGGUGGAGAGACUUAGACUGCAGUGUCUGGCCAGAGGAUCGUCUGGUAUCAAAGGUCUGGGCAGAACCUUCAAAAUAAUGGACGAUGACAACAGUCGCUCCCUGGACCUGAAGGAGUUCCUGAAGGGUCUGAAUGACUACGGCAUCCUGAUCGAGAAGGAAGAGGCCAUGGCUCUCUUUCAGCGCUUUGACCGCGAUGGGAGCGGGACCAUCGACUUCGAUGAGUUCCUCGUCACGCUGAGGCCACAGAUGUCCAAGGCCAGAAAGGAGGUGGUGAUGCAGGCCUUUCGGAAGCUGGAUAAGACAGGCGACGGUGUGAUCACCGUUGAAGACCUGAAGGGGGUUUACAACGUCAAAUUCCACCCCAAGUACCAGAAUGGGGAGUGGACGGAGGAUCAGGUCUUCAGGAAAUUCUUGGACAACUUUGAUUCCCCGUAUGACAAAGAUGGAAAGGUGACCCAGGAGGAAUUUAUGAAUUAUUAUGCUGGUGUGAGUGCGUCCAUCGAUACCGACGUCUACUUUAUUGUGAUGAUGAGAAAUGCCUGGAAACUGUGACUGAGUGCUGUUCUGGUGACCAAAGAGGAGUUUGUCAACUAUUACUGUGGAGUCAGCGCCUCCAUCGACAGCGAUGCCUACUUUAUUCUCAUGAUGAAAAAAGCCUGGAAGCUCUGAACCUGAUCAAAGGACGUGAAUAUCAUGAAGUGCUGAAGAAACAACACAUGGCCUUUAUUACGUAGUGUGAAGUUCAUAAGAUCUGCCAGCCUGGUCGGCAUCGUAUGUUUCUGCAAACCACAGAUAUGCUAAACAAGUACAUCUCACACAUAGCACACCAACUUUUCUACAGUAUGCAAAUGAACUGACAGGCGGAAGUGUGAAACCUAGUUAGUGAUCCCUGUUCAAGACCAGAAACCAGGUCAUUUUAGUAACAGUCGAGACCAGCUGAAACCAAACCAGAACAGGAUCUUUUCCUCACCCUAACAGAUCUUAAGACUGGUAUUGUCACAACAUAAAACCCAAAACUGAAUUGUCAAGGUUCAACACAUCCGUGGUUUACAGAAAAGUGCCAACAUUUAUUCUGGUGACUGGAUCUAACUUUUUGCUACAAACUGUAAUUCUUUCUGAGCUUUAAUAAGUUAGGACAUAAUUUCUCUCAGUGAAUAAAUAAUAACAAUGAUUAUACCUUUGAAA